CAGAUGUCCAUAAAUAUUAGCAACUAACUAUCACAACUUUAAUUAGUUGUUGUGCUUGUUACAUCUUUGCUUUUGACAUUCUCUCUCACUCUUAAUAUUCUGAAAAAGCUUCAAGCAAAAAGAGAUGGUGAAUCUUACUAAUCGACCACCACCACCACCACCUCCACCACCACAAUUCAGAUCCAUUUCUUCCCGGACUCCGGGAAAUUUAAUCCAAAGACUAACCCGAAGUCAACCAGUGCCUAGACCACCACCAGCACCACCGUCAUGGCCACGACCACUGCGACUACUUUCACGACCCCCGCCACCACCACCACUGCCACAGUGGUCACAACCAUCGCCACCACCACCUCUGCCACGACCACCGCCACCACCACCACCAUUUGUGCCGAUUCUUCCUCUACGGCAUUUAAUAAUAAGUAGAAGAAAAAGAAAAUUGUACCACAAACACAUGUUGACCUGGUACUUGAUCACCCUCAUGAUGCGUCAAAAACUCCAAACCCUAAAUCAGAAACCAGAAGAGACAAGAGAAGAAUGGGUGAUCUCGAUCAAAGAAAAAAUGGAUGAAACACUUAGAGUCGACGCAACAACUAGCAGGGACAAGCUCUGUAUCUACAAAGUCCCACGUUACCUUCAAGAAAACGACAAGAAGUCCUAUUUUCCUCAAACGGUGUCGCUUGGUCCAUACCACCAUGGCAAGGAACAUCUACUGCCUAUGGAACAUCACAAAUGGCGUGCGGUCAAUAUGGUCAUGAAACGCACCAAGCACAGCAUCGAAAUGUAUAUUGAUGCCAUGAAAGAGCUUGAGGAGAAGGGUCGUGCUUGUUAUGAAGGUCCUAUUAAUUGGAGUAGUAACAAGUUCGCAGAAAUGAUGUUGCUUGAUGGUUUGUUUAUUCUUGAGCUCUUCAGAGGAGCUGAUAACGAUAAAGGAUUCUUGGUACUCGGGUAUGGUCGUAACGAUCCGGUCUUCGCGAUGCGGGGAUCGAUGCAUUCGAUUCAACGUGACAUGGUAAUGCUUGAAAAUCAACUUCCUUUGUUCGUACUUAACCGGUUAUUAGAGUUACAACUUGGUCCAGAAUACCAAACCGGUUUAGUGGCGCAACUAGCAAUUCGGUUCUUCAACCCGUUAAUGCCAACAGAUAAGUUAGCAACCAAAACCGACCAGCUAGAAAUUAAGAUCUCGUUAGAAAACGAUAACUUCUUUAACCCAAUCGCUGACAAGGACAAGGAGGAGUUGCACUGUCUGGAUGUUUUCCGGCGAAGUUUGCUCCGGUCUAGUCUAAAACCGGAGCCGAGGUUAUCACGAACUAGAUGGUCGUGGAAGAGGCGUGCGGCGGACAAGCGCCAACAACAACUAAUACACUGUGUGACGGAAUUAAGAGAGGCCGGUAUCAAAUUCAAGAGAAGGAAAACCGACCGGUUUUGGGAUAUUCGGUUCAAAAACGGUUAUCUGGAGAUACCCAAACUACUUAUCCAUGACGGUACCAAAUCUCUUUUCUCGAAUCUUAUAGCUUUUGAGCAAUGCCAUAUUGACUCAAACAACGACAUAACAUCCUACAUAAUCUUCAUGGACAAUUUGAUAGACUCUGCCGAAGAUGUUAGAUACUUGCACUACUGUGGUAUCAUUGAACACUGGUUAGGAACUGAUUCCGAAGUUGCGGAUUUGUUCAACCGGCUAUGUCAAGAGGUGGCUUUCGACCUCCAAGAUAGCUAUUUAUCUGAAUUGUCCAAUAACGUUGACCACAAUUAUAACCGAAAGUGGAAUGUUAUGAAGGCAACCUUGAAACACAAGUAUUUCAACAAUCCAUGGGCAUAUUUCUCUUUCUUCGCUGCAGUUAUCUUGCUACUUCUCACAUUGCUCCAGACUUUUUUUACUGCUUAUCCUUACAUUAAACCACCUUCUUGAUUUUCUUUAUUAUUCCAUAGUUUAUUUGAUUAUUUCAUUCACUUGGAAUGUUUGUACCUUUUCACUCUAUUUUUCUAUUGUAUUGCAUUUAAAUAAACUAAUUUACUGA